AUGGUGAGACCCCUACUUAGACCCAGCAAGAACAACAGUACAACAGUGAAGAGGGGUACUUGGAGUGGGGAAGAAGAUCAGAAGCUCAUUGCUUAUAUCAGGAGAUAUGGCAUUUGGAACUGGACUCACAUGCCCAAACCUGCUGGUUUGGCAAGAACUGGGAAAAGUUGUAGACUUCGAUGGAUGAACUAUCUGAGGCCUAACAUCAGGCAUGGAAACAUCACCAAAGAAGAGGAGGACCUGAUCAUCGAGCUGCACCGACUUCUGGGAAAUAAAUGGGCGGCUAUAGCAGCUAGUCUUCCCGGACGGACUGAUAAUGAAAUAAAGAAUUAUUGGAACACCCGCCUGAAGAAACGCGUCAGCAACAGGAACAAGUUGCAAAUUCUGACCACAUGUAAUAGUAAAGUUAAGCCCGAUCACAAUGACAGUUCAUCCCAUCCAUAUGGAUCUCUUCCCACCUUUGAUAGUCCGAAAUUAGAACCCAACAUUGGAUCUCAAAAUGAAAUUCCAACAAUGAGUGCUAAUAGCUUCUGCACCUCUUAUGAAGUUCACCGUGAUGACAAAACCUCGGAGGAUAGCUGGUAUUCACCAUCCAGCUUGACUAAAGAAGAAGAAAGCCUGUGGGAACAAUUUCUUCCGAUGGGAGAUCUUGAAAUUGUAGAAUAUUUCGGUGGCAUGUACAUGCAUUUGGGAGCUACGGCCCCUGCCCUUGUGUGCAUGCAGCAUGACUUCGCCUACCACAGCAGUUCCUGUGAAGAAUUCAUCAUGGAUUUAUGGGGAAAAUGA